AUGUAUCGCUAUUUAUUGCAGCUAGUGUUGCUUUUCUCGCUCGCCACCUCCAAGGCAUUCUCUGCAGUCAACUUCCCCGGGAAUUGCGACGCAGAUUGUCAGACCAGCUUCAAGACUGCCCUGGCGGGCGAGCAAGCCCAAUGGGUCAGACGCAACGUCUCCGCGGACCCCUUCUAUGACAGUCCCAAAAACUUGUCGGCCUAUGCGGCAGGCGAUGUUGUCCGGUGGGAGGAACUUCCGCCGGCAAUCGUGUCCAAAGAAUGGUCACUCCCUCCAGGCACGACGCUUUCGCGGUUCCUGUACAUGAGCGAAGAUCUAAACGGCCGGCCCAUCCCCGUCAGCGGAUUCGUCUUGCUACCGUACGCCAAUCCCGCCGGCGACGACGGGCCGUUGCAAACGGUUGCGUGGGCCCACGGCACGGCGGGAGGGACCCGCCAAUGUGCGCCCUCGAACCACCGCGCACUGUAUUACUCCUGGGAAGGCCCCUUCACGCUGGUGCAACAGGGAUAUGCGGUGAUAGCGCCGGACUAUGCCGGACAAGGCAGCGAUAUCCCCCAGGGGUUCAUGUACGAGGCUGGCGCCCUGCACGCGGCCGACAUCAGCUUUGCUAUUGUCGCUGCGCGCAAGGUGCUGCGCCGGCGCAUUAGCCACGAGUGGGUGGUGGUUGGACACAGCGAAGGCGGCCUGACGGCAUGGCGCACGAAUGAACGCCAGGCGCGAUCCGGAACGGCGGUGGGCGGGUUCCUAGGCGCGGUGUCCGGAGCGCCUGCCCUGCGUCCGUUGUCGCUGAUUCCGCGGUCGUUCCGCCUGGCGGGCGACGGGCCGGUGGGCGACGUGGUUUCCAUCUACGUGCUGCAAUCGAUCGCGCGACUCCUCCCCUCCAUUCGCGUAGGUGACUAUGUGAGCGACAUCGUCGCCAGUCGCCUUCCCUUGGCCGACCAAGGCUGCCUGCAGACGGGGUCGGCGCUGUACGGGAACCUGACCGUGGCCGAAUUGUACAAGAAUACCAGCUGGCUGCAUCACCCCGACGUCGUGGACUGGCAAACUCGAUACAAUGGGGCCGGCCCCCACCGCCUCGCCGCGCCCAUGCUCGUCGUGCAGGGACUGAAUGACACUCUGACGUAUGCCGACCUCGCCGAGCAGGAUUUCGAUCAGACGUGCCGCGCGUUCCCCGACACCGCGGCCCAGUACCUCCGGUAUCCGGGACUGGACCACGAUCCGGCGUUCAUCGCGGCCCAGGCGCAGUACCUGCCCUGGAUCCGAGAUCGAUUCAGCCACAUGGCUAUAAGCUCGUGCAGGAAAUCCACGAUCUACACGUUGACUAGUUCCCCGACCUAG